UCGUCAGCACUUGGCGGCCAUCUUGUUUUAAAGUUCAACUUGUUUAUUGUUUUCUAGUUUAAAGGGAAUAAUCUAUGGAGGAACCAUCAUUUGUAGCAGCCGGAAUAUGGCUUGGCUUGGCUGCUCUUGUUUUUAUUGUUUUAUUCAUCACGUCGUUUUUUGUGAAGCCUUCCGAUAAAAAAAAGAAAGAUAAGCCACCUGCAGCAGCAGGCAAUGAUAGAAAUGAGAGAGCACCUGGACAACGGAGACGACGUGGAGCAGACAUGAUGAGGAGACGAAUGCAAGAACAGGAAGAAAGUGAAGAAGAAGAGGAUGAUAACUACGGUUUGCCUUUUGAUCCGAAUGAACAAACUGGAAAAAUUGGAACAAAAAAGAUGAAAAAACUCGAAAUGAAAGCUGAGAAGAAAGCUUUGAGACAGGAAAUGGAGAUGGAACGAGAGGACAAAAAACAACGGCAGAAAAUGUUAGAAGAAGAAGCAAAACGUCAGGAGAAAAUACGCAAGAAACAGAAAGAAAAAGAGGAAGAGGAAGAGAAGAAACGUAAGGAGGAACAAGAAAGAUUAGAGCAUGAAGAAUAUUUAAAACUGAAAGAAAGUUUUUCUGUGGAGGGAGAAGGAAGUGGGGAAAAGGAGUUGGAAGAGGAGUCUCAAUCCUUGCUACAAGAAUUUAUUGACUACAUCAAGAACACCAAGGUAGUUCUUCUGGAGGAUCUUGCAGCUCAUUUUAAUUUACGCACACAAGAUGCCAUUAACAGAGUUCAAGUCCUUCAGGAAGUUGGUAGACUAACAGGUGUUGUGGAUGACAGAGGGAAGUUCAUUUAUAUUUCACAAGAAGAACUUGAAGCUGUAGCAAAGUUUAUCAAACAACGAGGAAGAGUUUCAAUAAGUGACAUAUCUGAUUCUAGUAACACUCUUAUCAAUCUUGAGGCAGCUCUUCAAACAAGAGAUGUGAAUAUAGAGACUCCUGCCUAACUUUAAGUUAAUCUUAGUACGUUACAGAUGUUUGAAUAAAAUAUAUGAAAGACAAUAAACGGCAAGGCUAGCAGAAAGUUAUUCUCAUUAUGGCACAUGGUCUAAAAGGACAUACUUACCUGUAAUUGAAUGCCAUUGAAAAAGUGGUAAAUUAGCGCAAUUAUGAGAUCAG